GUUCUGACCAUGUUGGGGAACAAAUUCGUUGCUCAGUUGGCUCUGCAGCACCUCCGCAAUCGAGGACUCGUCAAUUCCCCAUCUCGUCUGACUUUUGUUCGAAAUCGAUUUGCUUGGGGAUCUGAUGCUGUUGGUCCAAAUGUUCCAGUUGGAGGAAAGAUGGGAGCUUCGGAGAAUCCAGAAUUGCACACCUAUGAUGGAGACUACCGCGGUACCAUCUCGAAGGGGGAUAAGCCAAUUCCAGAUUACUUCUACCGUACUCCAACAACUGGUCGAACCUACAUCGAUCGUUGUGUAACCUAUUUCAUCUCAGCUGUCAUUUGGGCGUGGUUCUCGUACCACAUGUACUAUCAUUCUGGCCAUCUCUUGGGACAUUGGUACAUGCCAUACUUGAGCGAGUUCACGGAUGAAGAGCUCGGAAUUCCAAAGGAUUCUGCCGAAGAUCCAGAAUACUGGGGCAACCACAAGAAAGAAUAUGGAACUUAUCGAUAAAUAGUUGACAGAAUGUUUUUAGUUCAUUCAUAGUCUCAUUCUUCUUGAAACGACUUGACUUUUAUUUUUAACCGUUUCCUGUAUGCCUGAUUGUAAUUCAAUAAAGUGGCUUCGAAUA